GUGCCGGAAGUUCAGCUCUUAUAUAGAGGUAAAGGUCCUAUUGCUGAAUAGAUUGUCCCCCGGCUCGUUCGCCGCCAGUCUAGGACUCCGGAGCUCUGAAAAAAGGGUCAACCAGAUAAAAAAUGGCGGCUUCAUGCUCUCUCACCUUCUCAUCCAGAACCCCAGCAGUCCUUCCAAUGUGUCGAUUCGUCAAUCCCAAAAGCAGGCCAUCCAACGUUGAUGGCAGAUUCAACUACUUCAAGCCGUCCAUUCUGCGCGCGUUCAUUCCCUUGGGCAAACGCAUAACCCAUCGCCAAAGCACAAUUCGAUGCCUAUUCACAGGCAUCGUUGAAGAAAUGGGCACAAUCAAGCAGCUAGGUGUCGCCGAUCACGGCGGAUUCGACAUGAAGAUAGGAGCAAAAACCGUUCUCGAAGGCGUAAAUCUUGGGGACAGCAUCGCUGUCAACGGUACCUGUCUUACAGUGACCAAUUUCGAUCUCAAGGCUUCCGAUUUCAUGGUUGGGUUGGCUCCUGAGACGCUUCGGAAAACUUCUUUGGUCGAAUUGGAAGCCGGAUCGCUCGUCAAUUUGGAAAGGGCUGUGACCCCCACCAGCAGAAUGGGUGGGCAUUUUGUUCAGGGACACGUGGAUGGAACAGGGGAGAUUGUUUCAAUGGAUCAAGAGGGAGAUUCGCUGUGGGUUAAAGUGAAGACAGCGAAGGAUUUGCUGAAAUAUGUGGUACCUAAAGGUUUUAUUGCUGUGGAUGGGACUAGUUUGACAGUGGUCGAUGUGUUUGAUGAAGAAGAGUGUUUCAACUUCAUGCUGGUAGCUUACACUCAGCAAAACGUAGUGAUCCCGUUGAAGAAAGUUGGACAGAAGGUAAAUCUGGAGGUGGAUAUUCUUGGCAAAUAUGUGGAGAGACUUCUUAGCAGCGGCUUCGUCGACUCCAUAAAAAAUUAUUGAUAUGCUGUCAGCUGCUGAAUUAUAGCUUCGUAGACAUGGUCUUCCAGCGAUCUAUGAGAAUAUGACAAAUCCUUGUGGUCGAAAUCUCUUAUUUUUAUCACGGAAAAAAAACACUCACAGAAUAUCGUCUCGACUGUAACUAGACUUAGGGUGGAUAAUUUGAACUUGUUUUACGUCAAACUGUGGUAACAUGGGCAUUUUGCCGUAGCUGUGAAAUUUAAGGUUAUGAAUAAAGGAGCGUUUCUCUUGAACU